UUAAAAAUAAGCAAAGUGAACGAUUUUUUUUUCAAAAAUUAACCUUACAUGUGAUUGCAAAAACGAGAAUAAUGGCAAAUUUACACACUAUUGUAAACUAUUUUUUUAUAUUUUAUAUUCUUGUAACAUUACAACACCAAUAUUUAGCUGAAAUUCACCACAAUACUUCAACAACAAAUACUUUAAUAUUAAAAGCAUUUCAAUCGCCAGAAGGUCGUAUAAUAAAUGGUACACUUGCCAAGCAAGGGCAAUUUCCAUUUCAGGUUUACAUCAAUGCUGAUAACAUUUUAUGUGGAGGCUCAAUCAUCAAUAAUAAUACCGUCUUAACAGCUGCGCAUUGUGUUUACAAACAAAAUAAUCAAUUAGUCUCAGCAAGUAAAACUAAAAUUUACGCAGGUGGCUUAAAAAAAUCAGCAAUGCAAAGGUUUAAAGUAAGAAAAGUAAUACCCCAUGAAAACUAUGAUGGUGAAAAAUUUUACAAUGAUAUUGCAAUACUCAAAAUUAAAAAUACGUUUUGGGACGGAAGUCCCACACAAAAUAUUGCACCAAUAUCAGUAACAUCUCUACGUUUUCCAUCUAAUACUGAAUGUACUGCAUCUGGUUGGGGUCGAACAAGCGCUAAUGGUCAAGUUUCAACUGAAUUAAUGUACACAAAUCUACAUAUUUAUAGCCACAAUUCAUGUGAUGAAUUUUAUCAAAAAUGGACAGGUUCAGGUAUUACUGACUCAAUGAUUUGCACCAACGACCCAAUGUCAACUGUUUGUUCAGGUGAUUCUGGUGGACCAUUAGUGGUAAAUAAUCAAGAAACUGGUAAUAUUACACAACUAGUAGGCAUAGUAUCGUUUGGUAUCCUAGGUUGUCCAACAAGUGCUCCUAGCGUUUACACAGAUGCAUAUCAAUACAAAGAUUGGAUCGAAAAAAAUUCGAAUAGCUAUGGAAUUUCAUAUCAUGCUAGUUCUUGGCAUGUUCUAUAUUCUGUUUUAUUCUCUAGUUUAAUUUUAUAUUUUAAACCAUAAACAAUAAAAUAUUAUUUUCAA